AUGCAAAACAAACCCACCUUUAUUAUCCCCCAAAAUCUAUUACCAAAACAAAUAAAACCACAAACAGAUGAAGAAAUAUAUGCAAAAUCAUACAAUAAAGAAGAUAUUUUAGGAUGCAAACACUAUUCGCGUAAUUGUAAAAUUAAAGCUUUUUGUUGUCAACGAUUUUAUGUUUGCAGACUUUGUCAUAAUGAAAAUUUAGAUCACGAAAUUAAUAGACAUGCAACUAAAGAGAUCCUAUGCAUGUUUUGCGAUACAAUCCAACCAGUUUCAAAUCAGUGUGCAAAUAAAGAAUGCAAAAAACAAUUUGGCCAUUAUUUCUGUGACAUAUGUGUAUUUUUCGAUAACGAUCAAAGUAAAAGUCUUUUCCAUUGCGAUGGGUGUGGUAUUUGUAGAGUUGGAAAACGUGAAAACUAUAUACAUUGCGAUAAAUGUAAAUUAUGUUUAGCACCACAAAUUUUUAAAUCUCAUAAUUGUAUUCAAGAUAUUGGUAUGAGCAAUUGCCCAAUUUGUAUGGAUGAUAUAUUUAGUAGUAGAGAAGAAUCAAUGACUCUUGAUUGUGGUCAUCGUUUACAUUAUCCAUGCUAUAAAGAUUUAAUUGCCUCAAAAUCCUAUAAAUGUCCAAUUUGUAAAAAGUCAUUGGGCAAACUAGAUUGGAGUCGUCAUGAUAGAUUAGUCCAAAGAAGUAGAAUGCCAGAAAUGUAUGCAGGAUCAACCGUAUCAAUUCUUUGUAACGAUUGUAAUGUAAAAUCUAGCGAUCUUCCACUUCAUUUUCUUGGUCAAAAAUGCCCAAAGUGUGAAUCGUUCAAUACAACCGAAACCUCUAGAAAUCUAACAAUUGAUAAAACCAAAUCAAGUGACUUUGUAGUUGUUCAGGAUGAUGAAAGUAAUACUGAAGAUGAUGAAGGUGAUGAUACAAGUGUUAGUUUUGAAGAAGGCGAUGAAGAAGACGAACAAGACGAAGACGACGAGCAAGGUGACCAAACAGACGAAAAUAACAAUUAA